GGAAAUAUGAACUUGUUGCUUCUUCUAUUCAUUAAUUAUUAUGAUGUUCAAAUAACCAAAUAAUCCAUCUUUGAUGACAAUCAUAUUCAUAGUGAUCUCAAUCUGAACUUAACUUGUUAGUCGUAGUCAACACCGUGUCCUACAAGCAACUUCUCAGUCGUCACGGCUCAAUAAUUUCACAAUCAAACUUUACAACUACAAGGGUCUCUAUUGCCUGUACGUUUUAAAAAAUCAAGUACAAACCAAGUGCCAGCAAUAAAAAAAAAUGUGGGCUUUCACUAUUAUAUUAGUUUUAAGUCACUUUACCGCAGCUUCUUUUGCAGUAAUUGAUACUAUCAAUGGGUUUCACGCUAUCAACGACGGUGCCAAUUUGGUUUCUGAAGGAGCAAGCUUUGAGCUGGGUUUCUUCAGUCCAGGCAACUCCAAGAAUCGUUACUUGGGAAUUUGGUACAAGAACGUACCAGUUAGGACUGUUGUUUGGGUUGCAAAUCGUUGCAGCCCAAUUAAUGAUUCUUCUGGCUUGUUGAAGAUAAACAACAGUAAUGGAAAUGUUAUGCUUUUGGGUCAGAACAAGAGUGUGGUUUGGUCCACGAGCUUGUUGAAACAACCUUUAAAGACUAAGCUUCAACUCCUAGAAAGUGGAGAUCUUGUACUGAGAGAUGAAAACUCUAAUACCAUUUUAUGGAGAAGCUUUGAUUACCCUUCUGAUACAUUGUUACCUGACAUGAAAAUGGGAUGGGACUUGAGGACUGGUGUUAAAAGACGUCUCUCGGCUUGGAGAAGCAGUGAUGACCCUUGUCCUGGAGAUUUCACUUAUGGGAUUGAGUUUAAUCCAAAGCUUCACAGUUUUCCCGAAGCUUAUAUUCGAAAGGGUACUGCUAAAUUCUACCGUACUGGACCUUGGAAUGGCCUUCGUCUAAGUGGGUCACCAGAGUUAAGGCCUAACCCACUUUAUGAUUUUAACUUUGUUCUCAAUGAUGAUGAAGUUUAUUACGUGUAUGGCCUCAAGAAUAAGUCAGUGAUAUCAAGAAUUGUUAUGAAUCAAACCACAAGUAUUAGGGAGCGUCUUACAUGGAUUGAAGCAGAACAAACUUGGCGGCGCUAUUCAUCGGUACCAAGAGAUGACUGUGAUUUCUAUGGUGUUUGUGGGGGCAAUGGUAAUUGUAUUAUAGGAGAUAACCCAAUCUGUCAGUGUUUAAAAGGGUUCAAGCCCAAGUUUCAGGAGAAGUGGAAUAACAUGGAUUGGUCUCAUGGUUGUGUGAGAAAUGUGCCAUUGAGCUGCGUUGAUAGAUAUAAAGAUGGGUUUUUGAAAUUUUCAGGGGUGAAACUGCCUGAUACUACAAAUACUUGGUUGAACAAAAAGAUGAAUCUAAAGGAUUGCAGGGCUAUAUGUUUAAAUAACUGUUCUUGUAUGGCUUAUACAAAUUCUGAUAUUAGAGGUGAUGGCAGUGGCUGUGUCAUUUGGUUUGGUGAUUUGAUAGAUAUACGACAAUUUCCCUCUGGUGGACAAGACAUUUAUAUCAGAAUGCCAUAUUCAGAGCUAGGUAAAUCUGAACGAAAGUUGCGAGUAACACUUAUAGUUGUAGCUGCCAUUGGAGGUGUUUCUGGGAUUCUUUUACUGAUUUAUUGCUUUUAUACGAGGAGAAGAAAAGAUAAAAACAAAGCAAUACAUCAGAAUGGAAGGCAAGAGGAAGAUUUGGAGCUUCCAUUGUUCAACCUGUCUACAAUAAUUAUAGCUACAGAUAAUUUUUCAGCUAACAAUAAGCUUGGAGAAGGUGGUUUCGGACCUGUAUAUAGAGGUACAUUAGAAGAUGGACAAGAAAUUGCUGUAAAGAGGCUUUCAAUGAGUUCUGGACAAGGAGUAAAUGAGUUCAAAAAUGAAGUAAAGCUAAUUGCAAAGCUGCAACAUAGGAAUCUUGUAAAGCUUCUUGGUUGUUGCAUUCAUGGAGAAGAAAACUUACUGGUUUAUGAAUACAUGCCCAACAAAAGUCUUGACUCUUUUAUUUUUGAUCAAGCGCAAGGAAAACUGCUUCAAUGGACAAAACGCUAUCAAAUUAUAUGUGGAAUUUCUCGAGGUCUCUUGUAUCUCCACCAAGAUUCUAGACUCAGAAUAAUACAUAGAGACCUUAAGGCUAGCAAUGUCUUACUAGACAAUGAGAUGAAUCCAAAGAUUUCAGACUUUGGUUUGGCUAGAAUUGUUGGAGGAGAUCAAAUAGAAGAGAAAACAAACAGAGUUCUAGGAACAUAUGGUUAUAUGGCACCAGAAUAUGCUUUUGAUGGCUUAUUCUCAAUUAAAUCAGAUGUCUUCAGCUUUGGUAUAUUAGUCUUGGAGAUUGUUAGUGGAAAAAAGAGUAGAGGCUUUCACCACGAAAACAAUGGUCUUACCCUUAUUGGACAUGCCUGGACAUUGAUGAAGGAAGGAAGGCCGCUUGAAUUGCUUGAUGAAUGCUUAGUCUCUUCGUAUGAAAAUCUAGGUGAAGUCUUACGCUGCUUCCAUAUUGGCCUUCUAUGCGUACAGCAAAGUCCUGCUGACAGACCGAACAUGGCAUCGGUUGUUUUGAUGUUGAGUAGUCAAAAUGAACUUCCUCAACCCAAAGCACCAGGCUAUUUCUUGGAGAAAGAUUCAAUAAAAGGAGACACUUCCUCUUCUAAGCCUGAAUUGUCUUCUACAAAUGAAAUGAGCAUAUCACUGCUUGAGGCUCGAUAAGGCUUUUACUAUAUGCUCAAGACAAGCUUGAUGGAUAACAUGAAGGUUUCUUUUGGCUGCUGUUACUAAACGAUGGCUGAAAUCUAUAUGAAACUAUGAGCUACAUGAUUUUUGUGAACCAUGUCAGCCGGAUAUAUGUAUACAUAGAACUAUACAAAAGUGAUUCGUUUGUCUUAGAAAAACUAGAUAUAGAAUGUAUAUAUGCCUGUUAGAUGAAGCAAAUGGUAUAUAAAUAAGGAAUGGAAAAAUUGAACAUCUUACCACACA